ACCCUUUUUUUUGAAACAGUUAGCGCCGGUAAAGUGUGAGUUAUCAAAAACCCCUCUUCCAUAAAAAGCGAUUGUUAAAAUAAUUAUACAAGAAACAUCAAUUAAUAAUGCGGAAUGCUGCAACGUGGCGUUAACCAGUGCUUAUGGUUCCUAGUGCCGAUCGUCUCUCUCUACGUCUACCCAAUUUUGGGCGGUUUCAACUGCCUGAGCAAUCCGUGCGUGCACGGCGUGUGCAUCGAUGAUCUGAACACGAGCUACUCCUGCUACUGCAUCGACGGCUACACGGGCGUACAGUGCCAGACCAACUGGGACGAGUGCUGGUCGAACCCGUGCCAGAACGGUGGCGUCUGCCGCGACGGCAUAGCCACCUUUAACUGCACGUGUCCGGCCGGGUUUCUCGGGGAGUUUUGCGAGGAGGACUACAACGAGUGCGCCAGUAAUCCCUGCUUGAAUAAUGGCACUUGUAUGGAUGUCACUAAUGGGUACAAGUGCGUGUGUCCACUGGGUUACUUGGGGGAUAACUGCGAGAUAGACGUUGCCGUUUGCAAUGCCACAAAUGAGACUCGCUGUGAGAAUGGGGGGAUUUGUGUUGAGGGUCCGGGGCUUACUUACUCAUGCGCCUGUCCGCCAGGCUGGGAGGGUAAGCUGUGCGAAACUGAAAUUGACGAAUGCAUGUCGGCGCCCUGUCAAAAUGGCGCGGUUUGCAUCGACAAAAUGGCGGACUACGCUUGCGCAUGCUUGUUCGGAUUCACAGGGAAAAAUUGCCAGGAACAGAUUACGCACUGCGAGCAGAAUCCGUGCCAGAAUGGCGCUUUGUGCCUAAGCGAGAACGGUCAAGAUACUUGCUACUGUGUCCCGGAUUUCCAUGGAGAUCGUUGCCAAUAUCAGUAUGAUGAAUGCGAGCUGGGGUCCAGGUGCAAAAAUGGAGGAACGUGCAUAGAUGGAGUCGACAGUUUCACAUGUUCCUGCCCUCCGAAUUUGACAGGUUUCUAUUGCGAGUGCCUUGUAAUUGACGGCAACCAAUUGGAUUGCAACUACAUUGCGACGACAAAUACGCAAACUACAAGUGCAACUGAAACAACGAAGACAAUAACAGAAUCUUUUCAAACAACUCCUGUGCCAAAUAUUUCUAUUGCGUCUACGUCUUCAACUCCAUUCGUCGAGAUCACCACCAGCCCAAAAACGGAGACGACCCCCUUAAUCGUCGAAGAAACAACUGACUUUCCCACAAUGGAAUCGAGCGAAACCACGACAUUCCACACGGAAACGCCAAAAGUGAGAACGGUCACUGCCAGCUCCGUCCAAUCAUCGACGGGUUCGUCCACUGAAACGCCAACUUACAUCACACCCACACAUCCGCCCACCUUCCUCACAGAGGACCCCACCACGUUCCUCCCAACCGAUCUAACGACAUCGGACACAACCAAGAUCAACGCGACCACCACGCAAUGCGGCCACAACCAAACCGAAUGCCAAAACGGCGGCAGCUGCAUUUACACCCCCGAAGGCUACACGUGCAUCUGCCCCUACGACGCCGAAGGCCCAUUUUGCGAACACCGCCUAGGAAUUAAAAACGCCGCGUUCGGCGGAAACUCGUACCUCACCCAUCGCCUGGUCAACGUCUCCGGAACCGACGUCGAAUUCACAACGAAAACCUUCUCCCCGAGCGGUCUCAUUUUCUACGCGAGCAUCGACGCCACCUACAUGGGUCUGUUCCUCGAACGCGGCCACCUGAAGUUCAUCUUCUCCUGCGGCUACCAGACGAUGCUGCUAAGCGAACUCGGACAUCCCGUCAAUGACGGAUUUGAAAUGACGAUCCGCGCCAGGUUGGAGUUCGACGCGAAUUUGAGCGGAUGCAACGCGAGCGUUAUGCUUAAUAAAACGCUCACGAUGAGCGGAAAUCAAGUAGCGAUCGUGAAUAAGCUGGUGAGGCCGACUUCGAUCCUGCACUUGGGAGGUCUGCCUCAGGAGAAGUUUAAGGAGCAUCUACCGGCGAGCGGAUUUAUGGGGUGCGUGACCGAUUUGAAGGUUUUUGGUAGGGACGUGCAGAUUUUUAAAGAUGCAGAGGAUGGUUAUAAGGUCUCGGAGUGCGAGUCGCUCGCUUGCCUGUCAAAUCCGUGCAGUAAUGGUGGAUCGUGCGUUGAAGACGGAGACAGAUGGUAUUGCCGGUGCAAAAAUGGUUACCUGGGAAACUUUUGCGAAAGCUCCAUUUGUGACAACAACCCGUGCCUGUACGGCGCCACGUGCUUACAGUUCACCGGAAAUGGCUACAUUUGCCUAUGCCCAUUCGGCAGACACGGUCACUUUUGCGAAAAUGAACUAGACGCCAGCGAGCCGUACUUCUCCGGAAGCGUACGCGGUCUGUCCUCGUACGCGUCCUAUCAGCUCCCAAUCGGCGGAAUUUCGAACAACAUGGAGGUCAAAUUCAAAUUUCGACCGGCGACCAUGGACCAAAUCGCGAUCCUACUCUUUAUCGGACAACUUGGACAGCACGACGUGACCUCGGAUCACGUGGCGGUCAGCUUCGUCAAGGGUUUCAUUAUGCUCACCUGGAACUUGGGUUCAGGUCCAAGGCGGAUAUUUACGGCGAAACCGUUGCUCAGCGGAAAACCGAGCUACGUUCUGCAGUUCGGACGCGUCGGGCGUAAGGCUUGGCUGUCCGUCGACAAUUUGGGAAACAUCACGGGACGGUCGCCGGGGAACUUGAUUAAUUUGGACGUCGAGCCCGUGCUGUACCUCGGCGGUCACAACUCGCCCAAUUUCUCCACUCUCCCGCACGAUCUGCCGUUGCACAGCGGCUUUUCGGGGUGCGUCUACGACGUGGAGUGGAAGUCGGGCAACUUGAUUAUUCCGUUGCAAAGCUCACGGCAGGUGACCGGACGCGCCGUAGGACAAUGUGGCACUAACGAAUGCCACGAACGGCUCUGUCAAAAUAACGGAGCGUGUCUGCAUCACGGGAGCACUUUCACCUGUUUGUGCCAGGACGGAUGGUUCGGGCCGCUGUGCUCCUCGAGGUUUAACCCGUGCGACUACCAAAGGCACAACUGCUCCGGGGGAUCCACGUGCGUCCCGCUCCUGACCGGUUACGAGUGCGACUGUCCCGUUGGCAAGUCCGGGACGCAGUGCGAGGUGGACGAGACGUUGUCCGACGUUAGCCUCUCGGGAAAGCGCUCCUACAUUAUGUUGCGACAGCCUCCCUUUGAGACUUCCAAGUUUAGUUUCGAGUUGGAACUGCGGCCGUUGAGCGGACGGGGGUUGAUUCUGUUCAUCGGCUAUGGAGAAAGUAGUUUUCUGUCGCUUAACAUGCAAAGCAACAUGCUGGAGUUGCGAGUCUUAGCUUCAGUUAAACGCCAAUUUGGGGGUGGCAAAACUGUUAGUGUGCGAAGCAACAAGCUGUUGGCGAUGGGAGACUGGUACAAAAUCAAGGUGGGGAAGUACGGGAAUAAGUUGUACCUCCACGUGGGUGGCAGCGUUACCAGUGGCUUUCUGAGUAGUGUGGAGGUUUUGAGUAUUUCCGAUGGCGACAUAUACUUAGGUGGAAUUGCCGAUAUGUCGGAUUUACCGUUUGCGGCAACCUCCAGUCUUCCCGUGCCGUUCACGGGUUGCAUCCGGCAAUUCAUGAUUAAUUCGCACCACAUACCGCUCACGUCAGCCUUCAUCAGAGAUGGUCGGAAUGUGGCCGACUGCGAUGGUACCCCGUGCGGGAGUGACGCCUGCGACAACGGGGGCACGUGCUGGAUGGACUCCAACUUGAACCCGCACUGCGCAUGCCCCGAUCCUUACAUCGGUGAGAAAUGCCAACUAACGCCCUCUUGCGAGGAGAGAUCGUGCGGAAAUAGAGGACGAUGCGUAGGUACAAAGUGCUUUUGUCUCAUGGGAUACACGGGGGCCUUCUGCGAAACCGGCAUCACGGUGCACACGCCAGACUUUUCCGGCAACACUCACCUGGUGCUGCGACGAGUCGUAACCGACAAGAAGCGAGACUUGAACAAGUCGAAAACGUCGUACUUAAAUUUGAAUUUUUCCACUGCCGAACAGGAUGGCAUUUUAUUGUGGAGUGCAAAGGACGGCAACUUCCUAGGCGUCGGAAUAGAAAACGGUAACAUAAAGCUCGUAUAUUCCAACACCUACAACGAGACCAUCAUCGAAAUGCCACGACGAGCGCACUUGGCGGACGGCUCCUGGCACAGCCUCGAAUUAAACUUGGAGCCGCAAGUCGAAAUGCGAAUCGACAGAAAACCGCUGCACCUGCAACACCAAACGGAAGUGGCGUCCAACCGAUUUCCAUCCAACGCGAUUUUUUACCUCGGAGGUUUGCCGCGCGACAAAAACCUAACCAGCGCCACCUACGGUUUGUUUAAGCAACCGUUCGUGGGGUGCAUCGGUGCAAUACAAUUCAACAAAGAGAAGUUAAUACAAGAUUUUUCAGUUUACGAAGGCGAAAAUGUUGGUGUUUGUAAUAAUUUAUAAUUGUGUUCAUUUUUAAAGUUAAGGGAUACUGUUGUUACGAAGACACUUUUUUUACAAUAACAAUUGCAAAUUCCGACCAGUUAAAAACAUUAAGAAUAGAAAUGUGUUUCAGGAUCACACUGACCACAAUUUAAACAAUAGGUAUAUUUUAGUUUUGUUGGUAGAGUAAUUGCACUAAUCACGUAAGUGUACAAUAUUGAUUACUUUUAGCCAAUAAACAAAAUGGCGGUCUCAUCCCACCAAUAGUAGUUACAAUGUGCUGCCACCAGAGGUCUCAUUCCUGAAACACAGCAAUAAUCACCAUUUGUUUGUUUCCUACCUUUGUUGAAAUUGUGUGCAAUAUUAUUGUUGAAUUAUUUGAUUUCCUAAACGAAACAGUUGGUACAGAAUACAAAAAAAAACAAAUAUACUAGUA